AUGCCCAAAUGCGACCUCAAAACUAGAUACAUCCCCGCGACGUUCGCCUGGACAUUACUAUUGGGCACGACGUCCCUGUUUUUUUAUUUUCCAUGCCAGUACUACCUUCACAAACACCCAUGGGUACCAGCAUACCAAGGUGUCAUAACAUUUUUUGUUUUGGCCAAUUUUACACUGGCCACUUUCAUGGACCCGGGGGUGAUACCAAAAGCCCCACCUGACGAAGACCGCGAGGACGACUUCCGCGCGCCGCUGUACCGCAGCGUGGAGAUCAACGGCAUCACGGUCCGCAUGAAAUGGUGCGUCACCUGCAAGUUCUACAGGCCGCCGCGCUGCUCGCACUGCUCCGUCUGCAACCAUUGUAUAGAGACAUUCGACCAUCAUUGCCCGUGGGUAAACAAUUGCAUAGGCAGGCGGAACUACAGGUUCUUUUUCUUCUUCUUAAUAUCUCUCUCUAUUCACAUGCUGAGCAUCUUCGGGCUCAGCCUCUACUACAUCAUGAACAACAACAAGACGCUCACGCAGGUCGAGCCUAUUGUGUCAAUGGUGAUAAUGGGUAUAAUAGCACUCCUAGCUAUCCCCAUCUUCGGUCUGACGGGUUUCCACAUGGUGCUGGUGUCCAGGGGUCGAACGACCAACGAACAGGUCACCGGCAAGUUUACUGGCGGAUACAACCCGUUCUCUAAAGGAUGUUGGUCCAACUGCUGCUACACGCAGUUUGGGCCGCAGUAUCCGAGUCUAGUCCGGCCAUCGAAAUACCUUUACAAAGGCGGUAAGAAGCGUCGCGAUAUGGGCGCGGGCGGCAUGAACUCGGGCAUUUCGACGAUCGCCGCGGGCGCAGCGGCAGCGCAGGUAAAGACGUACACGGCGGACAACGGCGCCGCGCACCGCCCACUAGGAGCGCACGCGCACUACAAUAAGCUAUCUCCCGGCCGCGAGGAGCACGAAGGAGAGAUGGAGGGCCCCGGGGCCUCCCAGUCCGCGGAUUGCGAGCCGACCCCACCGCCCCUUCAGCGACGAGGCUCCUCCGCCAAUCUUUUCCCGGAGCCCCAUCACCAUUUACCACCCAGACCCCACCACUAUCCGCGGCUAAGUCCGCUCUCAAGGAAUACUAGUCAUGGCGGUACGACGACGUCGGGCUACCGCGUCGUAAUGGAGCCCCUGCGGUAUGACACGGGGGCCAAUGGGGGCGCGAGGCCCUCCCCCACCAUGCAGCAGCGGAUCAAGGCGCUCGGUGUGCCCACGCCCUUAGCGCUCAGUAGCCCUGUGCGCAGGUCGAAUCCGGGCACGCCCACGCAGCCGCGCCGGCCUGACUUCAUCAGCGUGAGGACCUCGCCCCAGCGGCGCUUCCUCUCCGAGGGCGAGCUGCUGCGCGAGGCCGCGCCGGACGACAUCCGGGAGCUGGCCGCGUCGCCGCAGCGCGGCGGCUACCUCUGGGCCGAGCGCCCGGCCCCGCCCCACCAGCACCAACAUUCCGCCCCUUCGCCCCUCGCGCGACGCCGACCCCCGCCCCACAAUUCUGUGCCGCGGCCUCCCCGUCCGCUCUCUUUCGUCCGCGCCCUCGAGGUGCAGGAGCAGCUGGAACGGACGCCGCAAGUGGAGCCUCCGGACCGGGCCUCCGUCUACGAUUGCAACUAUGAGAUCUCCGUCUGA